GCAACCGGCCAGCCAAUAUAAUAUUUACAGCCGCCGUGGCGAUCUGGGAAUGGCAUGAGGCCUCCAAGGGGGAGUGAAGGGCUUAUCUCUGUGAAGUAACCCAAGCGUGCAGAACAUUGGGGCUGCCGGGGGCGCACGCCAGGGUAAGUCCAAGGCUCGAAGCCGUGCCAAUCGGGUAAUUGUGUAUGGCACGGUCCUGCCCGUGUCCCUUCAAUCGACCUGUUCCCCGCGAGCCCAUACCACAACAACAUUCUUCUACUUGACAGUACUGGGUUCAAUAUGGCAACAUUGAAUGGACCUUUAGUACAAACCGUAAUGGUCAGGUCGCCGAAACUUUUUUUGAGACACAGCUGGCGCAGCACUUUAAGCAGACCUGUCACUUGAACCGUUACGAAAGCCACCAGAAUGCCAGUGGAGCCAAAGGGCGCGGCCGUGGCGAAGCUGGCCGUUCUUAUGCAGAACGUAUGGCUGAAGAAGCAUGGAAUUGUGGUUCCUCCUCCGGAGCUGAACGCGCAGCAGCGGGCGGAGAUAGAGGAGUGCUUCAACGCUCUGGACACAGACAGCAGCGGCGCCAUUGACGCGGAUGAAAUUGUGCAUGCUUUUGGCGAGCUGGGCUUUGAACUGAGCAAAGAUGCGAUUGAGGAGCUCAUGAGCGAGGCCGUGACUGACGGCAGCGGGGAGUUGCAAUUCGAGGAGUUCAUGUCGCUCAUGGGUCGGGCGCUGUACCGGCCGCACGAGUGCAGCAAGGAGCUGGUGGCGCAGACCGGCGCGGGCUCGCUGUCGUUCCCGGACGUGGUGCGGGCGUUCCGGCGCAAGAAGCUGAUCGAGAGCCUGAUGCGGGGCGGCGACGCACGGCGGAAAGUGGUCAAGUUCCACGAGAGGUUGCAGGCGCUGACCCAGGCUGAGAAGGAGGAGCUGCGCCAGCGCGCCGCCAAACAGAACAUCCUGCAGCGCAUGGAGACGGCGCGCAGUGAGCAGGCGCGACUGGCCAGGAUGAAGGACCCGCUGGCAUCACACCGGGCGGGCCGGGUCAAGUCGCGGCUGCAGGACGUCAUUGGUCGCUCGCUCGGCACCUUUGACGCGCUGGUGGCCACUCAGCAUCCCAGCCUGGCCGCGCUGGAUCGACUGCGCAGCGCCCGCAGCCAGAUGUCUGCCCGCAGCGGCUGUAGCAGCGUCGGAGGCGGAGGAGGGGGCGGCGACGGCUGUAGCAGCCGCAGCAGCAGCUUCAGCGCCGUUGACGGUCUGGGAUUUGCGGCCGGCGACGGGGAGGCGGAUGGGGCGGAUGGUGGGGAUGAGGACUAUCGUGGCGGCGUGCGUAGUGAAGGGGAAACUGGAGCGGGUUGGGGUGGUGCGGAGGCAUGGCGUGCACAUGCAGCCGCAGCUGCAGCCGCACCGCACCCCUCGGCGUUGCAUCCAGCCCUACGCAGCAGCCGCAAUCUCCUGGCUGCUUCCGCAGCCGGCAGCAGCCUGCCGGGGUCCAAGACAGUGGGCGAUGCAGCGGCACUCGUGACGGCAACAGAGCCAGUGGCGGCAGCGGCCCCUGCGGCGGCGGCGGCGGCGGCGGCUGCAGCGGCAGUUGGUCAAACGGCGGCGGCCGGCAAGGUGGCGCCGGCAGCGCGUUUCGCCGACACCACGGACGGCGGCGAUGGGGCUGACCGCACCACGGAAGGCGCCGCACCGGCUGCGGCUGCCGCCAGCAGCGCCGUGGGUGGCGCGGGCUGCGGCGCCGGCGCCGCGUUGAAAAUGCGCGGGGUGUCGUUUCGCGCGGUGUCAUUCCGAGGACUUGCGCCGGACAGUGACGACGAUGACGAUGAAGACGGGGAUGGGGAUGGGGAUGGGAAUGUGAAGAAAGAGGAGGACGAUGACGACGGUGACCCGCUGGGUCUCGGGCGCAAAGCCUCUGGGGCAGGCGGCUCGGCGGCAUCUGACGAGGAGGAAGAGGAGGUGCAGCCACACGCGCCGCAGCCGGUUGGCGUGUUCCUGACGGAGGCGAACGUCCGGGCGCACACCAGCAACCUGCAGAGCAGGGCCACGUCCGUUGGCGGCCGCGGCAAUGACGGGGGCGGGCUCAGGACCGGCGGCAGCAAGCGUAGCAUGGGUCGCGAGGCGUCGGGCGCGUCGCGUGCGGCGCCGCCCGCCGCCGAGCCUAGCACCCUCAGUGGGGUGCCGAUGCUUGCAGCGGCGGCGGCGGGUGCGGGGCCGGGAUCGGAGGCGCGGCGGCCGCCGGUGCAGCCGCUGCAGCUGCUGCCGCCGUACGGCAACCCGCCGCCGGCAAUGGCGCGUACCCUGUCCAUGAGCUCCAUGGAUAGCACCGUGGUCAAGUUCACACGCCGCGUGAGCCGCGCCGUGCUCAAGUUCUUUCAGCACUUGGAGGCGGCGGCCAGCGCCACGGACCACAAGUUUGACACCGCGGCGCGGCUCAACGCUUCGGCCGUGGCGCCGCCGCCGGACCGCUCCCAGUUCAGGCAGGUCACGGCGCCGCAGCGGCCCGGCUCGCGCAUGGCACAACACGUGGCGCUGCUGGGCGGCGGCGCCUGCAGCAGCAUGAGCGGCGGCGCCAGCUUCAGCGUCACCAGCGUGGGCGUGGGCGCUGGGGGCCGUGGCAGUCCGAUGCCUUCGGCGGUGGAUACGGCCAGUGGGGCCCUGGAGGACGGGUGGCGGGCGGGCGGCGGCAGCGGGCCAGUGAGCGGCGACUGUGGCAGCGGCGGAGGCGGCGUUGGAGGGGGGCUGCAGGUGGCGCGCAGCGCCAACAGCAGCACGGCGACAGUGGGUGUGGGCGGUGCUGCUGGUGGCCGCCGCAGCCCUAGCCCGGGCCUCCACGGCGCCGGGAUGCGCGGUAGCGCCGGCGGCGGUGUCGGCGGCGGCUGUGCGGGACUGGUGCAGCAUCCGCGGGCCUGGGGUGUGCGGUCGCCCAGCCCUUCACCCGCAUCGCCGGCCGCGGCGCAGGCAAGGAGCGCGGCAGCGGCAGCGGCUGCGACCCCCGCGGGCGGAGGAGCAGGAGGGGCAGGGGGGCUGGUUCGGCAGAGCGGCGUUCCGACUGUCAGCACCUCUUCCACAGCGGCAUUGCAAGCCAAGCCGCCCGUACCGCAGAUGACGGGCCCGCCGGCUGCUACUGCCGCGCCCGUGCAUGGCGGCUGUAGCAGCCCUGGUGGUGGCGGCGGCGGCGGCGGCCGCUCACGUGCGCCCAGCCGCCAGGAGUGUGUGCCGUACGAGCACGUGGUGCUGCAGGGUCAGGACCGCAGGCACCUGCAGUUCCAUAGGAACCGAGGAGACAGCGGCUGGGGCAGCGGUGGCGGCGGCGGCGGCGCCAGCGGCGAGUUCUCUGCCGGCGGCGAGCAGGGCUGGGCUGCGGCGGUAGCAGCACCCAUGGCAUCGGCUGCGGCGGUAGCUGGCUACCGGCGGCACAGCGUUGACAGGGCUGGCGGCGGCUGCGGAGGCCUGCAGGCGCAGCAGCAGCGGCUGCAGCCGCAUCCGCUGGUUGCGGCGGCGACGGCGGCGAUGGACGCGGCUCGGCGACACAGCUUCGACUCGUCGGCUGGGUGUCUACAGUCCUCACAGCGGCCCUUCAGAGGCAGCAGUCCGCAGAUGUGGUCGCAGGCCUCCUACUCCAAUAGCUCUCUGUUCCUGCCAUCGGCAGUAGCAGCUCCCGCUGGCGGCAGCAGUAGCUCUCAGCUGCGGCAACAGCACCCUGCGCCGACGCAGGAUGCUACAGCCGCGCAAGCCUCAAGCUUGGGUGUUGCAUGGCAGGCGAGUUGUGCGGAGCCUAGCAGCAGCGGCGGCCGUAGCAGGCCGCCGCCAGCACCGGCGGGGGUCGGGCCGCUACUGCCGUCAAUGGCUUGGGGAUCACAGAGCUGGCAGCGCAGCCCAGCGGCAGUAGCAGGAGGUGGAAAUGGAGCUGGUGGUCUUGCAUUCAACAGCUGGAGUCGGGGCAGCAGGAGUAGCAGCAGUAGCACCGACGGCAGCACCACUGCCGCCACUGCGGCUGUAGCAGCAUCAGCUCCAAUGGUGACGUCCAGCCGCCACCGGCCGGUGCUUGGGAGCGCCGCGCCGGCAGCGAGUGCGAGUGGCGGGUCCCAGGCGGAGGACUGGGUGGUGCUGCCGGGUGCGGGCGGCCACUGCUGCUCCGUCUCCAGCACUGGUGCCCCUGGCGCUUACCCUGCCGCUGCGGGCGGCAGUGCCUCUCGCGGCGCUCCCGCGCCCGAUCCCCGCGGCACCUGGGUCCACUCUAUCGACGGGACCACUGGCAGUAGCGGCGCCGAUGCUGCUGACUUCGUGGUUGGGGGCGGGGGCCCCUCGUGGGGUGCUGGGGCGGUGCCCGAGGAAGCAGACGAGGCGGUAGCGGAGGGAGAGGACGCGGCAGCGGAGCGGCCGUUGUCGCGCUGGGAGGGCUCCCGCUCCAUGCGGCGAGAGGGCCUGGAGGGCACUGGCGGAGGGGCUGCGGCGCUGCAGCUGCCGGCCUGGGCGUCAGGCUCAGACGCCUCUGCGCCAGCCACCGCACGCACACAGGACUCCGACGCGACGGCCGAGCCCGACGGCGCCGGCACCGCGCUCGCAAGCCUUGCAGAGGUGGAAGCCGACGCAACAGGCCUUGCAACAUCUGUGUUUGGCGGCAGCAGCAGUUUGAGCGAAGUCGCUGCGGGGGCAACAGCAGCAACAGCAGGCGCUGGGGGCGCUACAACCUUAGCUGCAGCGGGCAGCGGCGGGGGCGGCGGCGCCGCUCCAGCGGCGGCGGAGCGCUCGCUGGCGGCGGCCCGCGCCGGCCGCGUCACGCCGCCGCCUCGCGUGGUCGUGAGCGACCAGCAGCACCUGUCCUCGGCCCUACACGUGGCGCCAUCGCCCUCGGCCCUACUCGUGGCGCCAUCGCCCGCCGCCGGCACACCUGCCUGUGGUGUUGGGGCUUGGGGUGGGGGUGGGGUUGGUGUUGGUGUUGGGGCUUGGGGUGGAGCUUGGGCAGGCGCGGCGCUGCCGCCGCGGUCCUCGUCGCCAUCUCGCAGCGGCGGCCUUGUCAGCCCCAUGGCGGUACGGCAACAGCAACAGCAACAGCAACAGCAACAGCAGCAGCAACAGGGUUGGGCGGCUGCUGGAGUAACACGGCGCAGCCCUGCGAUCUCGAUGCAAGGCAGCGGCGGAGCAGCUAGCGCCGUCUACUGUCCCUGGCGGCCACCGCCCUCGCCGCCGGCCUCCAGUUCAGGGCAGCAGCAAAUGGCGCUGCAGUUGCAGCAGCAGUCGCGGCACCAGAUGAGGCCUGGAUCGCCGCCGCGGUUACCCGCCGUGGUCGCGGAGGCCUCAGGCCUGCUGGGCACUGGGCUGCCGCCGCACCGUUCAUCACCGUCGCAGCGGCAUCGCGCCGCAGCGGGCGCCUUGGUGGGGGCGCGCGGCGGCCGGGGUGACGGCGACACGAGCCGUGGCAGCAGCUGUGGCCGCUCCCGCUCUGCCACCAGUGCCGCGGGCGCGUCGGCGGACGGCUCCUCGGCUCCACCGUCCUCUCGCACGGACCUCUUCGGCGAUGAGGGCGGUUUGGGCGGCGCUACGGCGGCGCAGCUGCUCAAGGCUGAAUCACGGCGACAGCCGCGGCCAUUCUCGCCUGCGCAUGUGCCUGCUACUGACGCGCCCGGCGGCUUUCCUGGAUACGAGGUGCCGCUGCUGCCGGCGCCCUCGUCCUCGGGCUCAUCAUGCAGCGUGCUCUUCUGCGGCCGCCGGCAGACGGCAGUAGCAGAUCCCCGCUCGCCUGGUGCUACUGCCGCGGGCGCCGCGCCGGCACGGGCGAUGGCACGCGGCUCCGGCGCCUGCGCGGGUGCAGGUGGUGGCGGUGGUGGCGGUGGUGGUGCAACGCCCAGCCCGGUGCCGGCGCUGCCCAACCGCUGCGCCAGCCCGGCAGCCUCCUAUGCGCCGCGUGGCGCCUACAUGAGCAUCGCCGCCGGCACCGGCGCCGGCAGCAGCGUCGGCCAGCUGCAGCUGCGCCCAACCCUCCACGGCGGCCCCAACCCCCAUCCUACACAUCCUCACAGCAAUCAGCCACCACAUUGCAUGGACCAGCACCACCAGGCAGCAGCGGCAGCAGCAGCAGCAGCAGAGCUGAGCUCCGGCGUUGGCGGCGGCGGCGGGGUGCCCUCGCAGACGCACACGCACACGCUGGCGGCUGAGGCGUCUUUGCCGCCAGGCUACGGUGGCGGCGACGCGUCGCGGGUGGUUGUGACGUUGUACGGCAAGCCGUUAUCGGUUGGCAGCAACGGCGCGGUGCUUGUGCACACCCAACCGGAGCCCGGUCCGCACAGCGGCAGCCAUGCGCUACAGCCAUCGCCACACUCGCAUCUGCAGCAAUCACUGCAGGCGCAGCAACAUCCGGAGCAGCCACAGCUACUGCUACAGCCUUCCUGCUCACAGCUGCUGCUACAGCCAUCCGGUUUACAGCUGCACCUGCACGGCGACGCCGCGGGCUUCCUCGCUGCUUCGGCGGCGGCGGUGUCGCGGGGGGCCCGUCGCUCCCCGACGCCUAUGGCACCGUUGCAGCAGCAGCCGCUACAGCUGCAACGAUAUCAGCAGUCGCACUCCGCCCACGACCCCCAGCAGCUACAGCCGUCCGCGGCGGGCCUGCCAGGCAGCGGCAGUAGCCGCAGCAUGGCCCGCCGUGGCUCGGACACCCACUCACCAGCUGGCGUGUUGCCGCCGCCGCCGCCUGCCGCCUCCUCGGCUGCAGGUGCUGAGGACCAGGCUGUAGCUGUUGCUGCGAGUGACGACCAUCACCCGCAUCUUCCAGCCCUGCCUGAACACCAUCACCAGCACGACGGCAGCCGCCAGGCAGCUGCAACCCAUCCACAUCAUCAUCAGCAGCAGCAGCAGCCACAGCAGCAGCCGCAGCACACUGUCAGCGGCCGCCACCUGCCGCCCGCGCAACACUUGGCGCCGCGUGCGCCGCCGCACACACAGCCGUCGCACCCACCGCCAUCACACGUCACGACUGGCGCGUCUUCUGCAGCCGCUGUUGCUCCUGCUGCUUCCGUCCAGGGCCGCAGCCGCGGCCCCAGUCCACACCCGAAACCAGCAUUGCCGCCUCCACAACAGUCCCACCAUCCACACCAGCAGCAGCAGCUGCACCAUCCAGAACCGCGCCCGGAGCACCCGCCCCAGCACCCGCCCCAGCACCCGCCCCUGCAGCAGCCGCUGCACCCACACCACCACGCCGCCGCCACUGCAGCCGACGGUGUGCGCGUGUCGCUUUCCUCUCUCGACACCGCGGCGCGUGUGGGCGCGGCGGCGGCGGGCUUGGCUGGCAACCUCGCGCCGCUGCCCGCUACCGCCCUAGCAACUCAUCCGCCGCCGCUGCACCUACCCGUCGCUGCCGGAACCGCCGCUGGAUCAGCGGUUGCAGCUGCGGCUGCCGCCGCAGGCCGGCCCUACCUCCAGGGUGCAUACGCGGAGCUCACGACGUCCGGGUCUGGCGGCGCCAGUCAACAACACCAGCACCAGCACGGCCAGCAGCACAACUGUCAUCAUGCCAGCCUGCACGCGCACCCUCCGGCGGCAGCUGCUGCUGCUACGGCUGCUACUGCCACUGCCGCGGCAGUACAUGCGCCGGUUCGGCGGCCGUCAGGCGGCAGCGCGGGCGCGGGCGGCAGCGGCCCAUUUUCAACCUUAGAAGCAGCGGCGGCAGCGGCAGCAGCGGAACGAGCAGCAACCGGCACUGUGGGGGCGGCGGUAGCGUCACGGACUGGGGGGCGUGGCCGCGGCUCGGCUGCGCGGCCGGCGGCGCUUGAGGUGGAGACGGUGUCGGUGGGCAUGUUGGGGCCGUGGGAGGGUUCGCCGCAUGGCGCCGGUGCCAGCUCGGCGGCAGGGCAGGUGUCGCCGCUGCUACAGGCAGCUGCUGCUGGACCUAUGCAUUGAGGUGCUUUUGUUGGCGGGGUGUUCUCCACGAGGACGACUCGGUUGACUUGCCACGGAGCGGAGGGGUCGGUGGAUCCAAAGCGCAGACAGCUGGGCGAGCAAAGCCGCAAAGGGCCGCCUCCGCAUGUAAUACAAGUUAAUGCUAAUGUGUGUAUGUGUGUAUGUGUAAUUUCUGCAGUAUGCAAUUUCGCUUCGGGCACAAACUGGCACUGCCAUAACGACGGGGGGGUCGGAGUCCCGCACGACGCUGGCUCUACUUUAGUAAAAAACGGAG